GAGCUGGCAGGGGGCCCGGUUAUUGGAAACACUAUAGGGCUGGAUUCUGGUCUUUGUAAACUGUGCCAUCUGGAGAUGACAGUGUUAAAAAUUAAAAAACCCAGCAGACUGUGAAGGCAUCUCUUCAGGGAGGAGCCCUUAUUAGAAAGUCACUUUAACCCUUUCCUUUCCAGAGCGCAUAGAUUAGAGGGAAAAUGAGCCUGGGCCUGGUGCAGACAGGGGCUGACAUCACAGGGCUCCUGGAAAGUCUCCGCUUCCUGCACCGACUUCUCCAGGCUGCAAAGUUUUUUUUUCCUUUCUCUUGUUGUUGUUGAGCAGAACUUCCUCUGUCAGAUGCAGCUUCCCCCUCCACAUCACAGGAGCAGCAUCACCCGGUCCGGGGGGCUCAGCGCAGAAAACUAAUGAACUAACUCAUCUGGAUCCUACCGUCCGGCCCGUCUCCUGCUCAUCCAGGUCCGCCGGCCAAGAAAAAGUGAACCAUUUAAAUUCAGGGAGAAUGUCUUCACCAAAUCAUGAUAACUGGGUAACUUUUGAUGACGAAAAUCUGUUCCAGUCUCCACAAAAAUCCCCAAUAUGUCCUCAUGAGAAUGCACAUAGCUCUAAACCAAGUGAACUUAAACUAAGCCUGUCUCAUGAACGGAUGACAAGCAUUUCUUCCUCCAACUCCACCACCCCUCUCACAUCUCCUAUAAUUGACUUCUUCAUGAGUCCUGGUCCUCCGAGCAAUUCCCCUCUUCGUACCCCUAUUAAGGACAGCCCAUCCACGCCAUGCACCCCUAAACAAGUAUCUUUUAACUUGUAUCCUAGAGAUGAGAGGUCUCAGAACCACCAUUAUACAUUUUCUGAAGGAUCAACUCCGUUGACAACAGAGCAGACUCCAACUAUUUCAUCCUUUGCAGAUGCAAACAACACAAAUCAGAAUCCUUCACUGUACAAAAGUAAUAAUAGUUUAGGACAUUUUUCACUUUUCCAUUUAGAUCACUCUCAAAAUGAGUGUGCCUUCUCAAGCCCAUUUUGGAACAAUGAUGCCACAAGUUCUUCAAGCACUACAGCUGAAUCUCACUCAAAAGAAAAAAAUUCUGCAAAGCAGGAAUAUAAUAUAUCCGAAAAGGAAACCUCUAAUAACCAGAAGAGUCUUAACCACUGUUCCUUUAGUUAUGUUUGUGAACGGCUUCAGCAUUUAAAGAUUGACCCACCUGACAACUUGAGGCAUCAGCCUGCCUGUGCUGAAAGUGAGAGCCCAUCAUUUAUUCCACAAAGUCUCUUUAGAAGUCAGAGGAAAGAUGGAUGGCCUUUUAUGUUGAGGAUACCAGAAAAAAAGAACAUGAUGUCUUCCAGGCAGUGGGGACCUAUUUACCUGAAAGUUGUAUCUGGUGGAAUUCUGCAAAUGUAUUAUGAAAAGGGCCUUGAAAAACCGUUCAAAGAAUUUCAGCUUCAUCAAUUCUGCAGACUUUCGGAGCCAAAACUCGAAAACUUAGGAGUUUCAAGUAAAAUACACACUGUUAAGAUAGAAAAUGUAACGUAUGUGGAAAGAAGGAAAUAUCAUCCAAAACCCGAAGUGAUUCAUGAGGCAGAAAUCGAGCAAAUGUUAAAAUUGGGAACCACAGAGUAUUCUGAUUUGAUGGACUUUAUUACGACAAUAGAGGAGGAGCUUUUGUUGCUUUCACCAGUUUCGAAACAGAAGAAAACUUAUGAAGAGCCUGAAAUGUUGGUGGAGCUAGUGGACAAUUUUUGGGGCCAAAUAUCAAAAGAAGGAAAGCUAAGAGACAAGUCGCUGGUCUGUCAGUUGUAUUGUCUUAGUUUCAUUAAUAGCGGCAUGGAGUGUUUUUUAACAUUAAAUGACAUUGAACUACAAAAGCUGAACUACUUUGAGAAGAACAGUGAGAAAAACUUGAUCAAUAUUUCGGAAUAUCAUUUCCACAAAUGUGUUAAGCAACAUGAAUUUGACAAGUCCCGGAUAGUGAAAUUCACACCAAUGGAUGCGUGCCGGUUUGAACUCAUGCGUUUUAAGGUUCCUUGUGAUGUCAAAGAACUUCCUUUUUCACUAAAGAGCUUGGCUGCGAUACAAGGAGCCUAUGUGGAGCUCCAAGCUUUCUUAAACAUGUCCAGUAGUAUGGUGGGUCCUUCACAGGUGAAAUACUGUGAAAAUAUUACUAUCCACUUCCCGGUACCUGCACCAUGGGUAAAAGCACUUUGGACUGUUAGUCUGCAGAGGCAAAGGUCUCUAAAGACGAAGAUGAACAGAAGAGCUUGUCUUAGUACUGGAUUUGAAAUCGAAUCAGAGCCGGUAAUACAAGUAACGAUCGGGACAGCAAAAUACGAGAAUGCAUACAAAGCUGUUGUGUGGAAGAUUGAUCGACUCCCAGACAAAAAUUCUAGUCCUGAUCAGCCGCACAGUUUAUCCUGCAAGCUUGAGCUGGGCUCCGACCAGGAGAUACCUCGCAGCUGGAAUCCGAUGGCAAAUGUGCAGUUUAUUAUGCCGUUUACAUGUGUCUCUGGGGCAGAGGUGAAAUCAAUGGGCGUCGAGAAUGAUCUCCAGCCCCAUAAACAAGUCACCCAAAAGGCUUGCUACCACAUCCAGGUGGAGAUUGAUCGAAAACGUAUCCCUACUGAUGGAGAAGACAUGGACAAGACCAGAGAGUGCAGAACACAAUAAAAACCAGUUCUAAAAUAGAUCAAAGAAAUAUAUAUGGAAAUAUAACCAGCAUUUCAAAAAGUGACAAGCUUGGGUGCUACAUCUCCCAGCAUACCCAGCGUGCCGAGGUUAUACAACAAACAUGGACAGAAUCAUAGCAGAUAUAUAUUAUUUUGUGUAACUAUUUUCAAUGAUUGUCGUUUCAAUCUACAAUCUUUAUAUGAUUGACAUUUAAUUACACAUAAUUGCAUAAAUAUGAAGCAAAUUAUUUUAAUUGUUUUGUGAUUCAUGUGUAUAACGUUCAUAAAAAAAAAAAAUAGAUCUUGA